GGCAGGAAGGAAUGAAUGAAUGAAUGAAUGAACUCGUUGAGUAUAUACAUACACAUGCACAUAUAUAAUAACUAUUAAAUAGAAUAUAAUAAAACAUUUUGUAAAAUGCUAUGAAUACAAACAUAUCACUGCAAAUAACAGUACUACAACGACGACAAUAAUGUUACAAUCUGGUAUCCUGUUAUAUUCAGUGGUGGGCUAUAAAUCACGUGAGCAGCUUUCAUAGUCAAAGGGUUGGCAGGGAUAAGGGGAAGUAUUCAAAUUCCGUUCUCUCUAAUUGUAAGUAAGCGUUACACAUGCAUGUGUACAGUGAGAGUGGAGAAGCGCACUGUCAAUCAAGCGCGCUGUGUGGGGCGGUCUCUGCUCAGAGAUGUCUGAAUAUGUCAAGAAUCACUUCAGCUGCCGCAACCUUUGAAACAGCACUCCAUCUCCUCCAGUGCCGCUACGAGGAAAGAGUUUCAUAUAUACUGUUUAGCUUUAUAAGAUUAUGAGGGAUUCCUUUGCGAUUGCCGUGCGCAACGAGCCAACAGUGCAUUGGAGUGAAGGAAGAACAGCUGGAGCGCUGUCCAGCGUCCUGAAGUCAAGAAGCCAGAAGUGCUGAAGAGAGCACAGGCAUUCACAGAGGACUGUAUGUCUAUGCCGAUCAAGUCUUGAGAUGACUCGGAAAAGGCUGCUUUCUGUGGCUGUCUGGGGAUUCAUUGCGUGGGAAAUAGGAAUUCUGUUGAGUUUGGUAGCAUCAAAAGAACAAGAAACCCCUCGAGGAAGAGCAGCAUCCAUGUCACCCUCAGUCUUCCUUGACAACCUCAUGGGAAGAAACUCAGGUUAUGAUGCCAGAAUUAGGCCCAACUUCAAAGGUCCGCCUGUGAAUGUAUCAUGCAACAUAUUCAUUAACAGUUUUGGCUCCAUUGCAGAGACAACUAUGGAUUACAGAGUGAACAUAUUCCUCCGGCAGCAGUGGAAUGACCCUCGGUUAGCUUACAGCGAGUACCCAGAUGACUCCCUGGACCUGGAUCCCUCUAUGUUAGACUCCAUUUGGAAGCCUGAUCUGUUCUUCGCCAACGAGAAGGGAGCGCACUUCCAUGAGGUCACCACUGACAACAAGCUUUUGAGAAUAUUCAAAAAUGGAAAUGUCCUCUAUUCAAUCAGAUUGACACUGACGCUGUCUUGUCCAAUGGAUCUGAAGAAUUUCCCCAUGGAUGUUCAGACGUGCAUAAUGCAGCUGGAGAGUUUUGGCUACACAAUGAAUGACCUGAUCUUUGAGUGGCAAGAGAAGGGACCUGUGCAGGUGGCCGACGGACUGACUCUCCCACAGUUCAUCCUCAAGGAUGAGUCUGAUUUAAGAUACUGCACCAAACACUACAACACAGGCAAGUUCACAUGUAUCGAGGUACGUUUUCACCUGGAAAGACAAAUGGGUUACUACCUGAUCCAGAUGUACAUUCCAAGCCUGCUCAUCGUCAUCCUCUCCUGGGUCUCCUUCUGGAUCAACAUGGAUGCCGCUCCUGCCCGUGUCGCCCUGGGAAUCACCACGGUGCUCACAAUGACAACUCAGAGCUCUGGAUCCAGGACAUCCUUACCUAAGGUGUCCUAUGUGAAAGCUAUUGACAUCUGGAUGGCAGUGUGCUUGCUAUUUGUCUUUUCUGCCUUGCUGGAGUAUGCUGCAGUCAACUUUGUUUCACGGCAACACAAGGAACUCUUACGAUUCCGACGGAGAAGGAAGAAGUCUGGCAAGACUUUCGAUCAAACAUUUGAUGAGGAGCUUACCGAGUCAUUGCAUCGUAUCAAUGGCCUAUGCAGUGCCGAGCCCGUUUACGGAUCAAUGGGUCAACUCGACGAAUCCAAUGACAGGGAGGAGGAUGUGCGGGAGAGCCGGUUGAGCUUCACGCCCAACACAGGGAAAGACGGAGCUGUGCCCAAAGCCGCUAACAAUGCAGCCACAACACCCUCUGCCCCAGCCCUUGCUGCCAGCAAGAGUCAUGAGGAGAUGAGAAAACUCUUCAUCGACCGAGCCAAGAAGAUCGACACUGUGUCCCGUGCCGGAUUCCCACUGGCCUUCCUGUUUUUCAAUAUUUUCUAUUGGGUUCUGUACAAAAUCCUACGCCACGAGGAUGUGCACAAGCCAUAGAUGGAACAUGGCGUGUUGUACCUUGGGAAAUACUGUAGUAACACAGCAAAGCUGCAUCAAACUUUGAUGUUAUUACUCCCGUUCCUGCCAUGAUCUAUGCUAAACUCUGAAAAUGACUAUGAAGAACUGUGAUGUCAAGGACCAGUGGUUACUUUCAAUAGUUUGUUUGUGUUGUGCACCCAUACAAGGACACUGCGCUCACUAUGCAAUGGAUAGGCAUCCGUAAGGCCUCUGACACACCUGUCCUUUAACAAAUAAUAAAAGUGGUCAGAACUUCCACACACCUCUUUAACACAGGAGCACAGUCCGACACCGAUUAGAGGCAGAUGUGUGUGUCUUACACUGGUUUUGUCUUACAGCUUUACUGCCAAUGUUCUGUGUUGUAUUUUUGAUAUACAGCUAUUGAAAAAUGGCAAGUAUGUAUCAGAGUGCAAGAGCAGAACUGUACAGUAUAUUACACAAAUUUCCAAACACAAUCUUGAUUAUUUUAUGAGGAAGUGUUGAAUAGCUUUAUUUGCAUUUGGUCAGCGUAUUGUACCCUCGAUCAUUUUGUCCCGACCUGAUUGUUGACCAGCUCUAGAAACCAGCAUCCAGGCCAAAAACAUUCUGAACUAAAUCUCAAGAAUGACCCUGAACCACCAGCAGAGAAGACUAUUCUGUUUACAGCAAUGAACACCUUAACAUUAACUGCUUCAAGAAAGCACAUUUUCAAAACUUUAAUGGUUAGCAAAUUGAAACCAUCCUACAAGUCCAACUGAAGUUUUUCUCAAACAAAAGCGUUAUUGUUCAAAAACGAUUGCAAGUCACUUCAAGCUAAUGAUGCCACUGCAAAAUAAUGUGACUGUGAGUAAUUCUGUCAGACAUGUGUUGCAAAUUUAUGAAUGGAGAAAAGAGGUGGGCUGGUUAGGACAAUGACAGAAUCUCAGCCAAUGUGUUUUCUGAGAAAUAGUGUUCUCUGACCAAAUAGUAUUGCAAAAAAUAGUAAAUGACUCAAUGAGGUAUUUGAAUGAUGGCAUUUAUAACUCACCCUCAUGUCGUUCUACACCCGUAAGACCUCCGCUCAUCUUCAGAACACAAAUUAAGAUAUUUUUGAUGAAAUC